CCCUAAGUGGGUUCAGCUCAAGCCGUUGCUGUGAUUAUAAUACCUUAUGACCAUGUCUUCACCGUGUCUUCUGUUGUUACGAGAUUUCUGCAUAGUGUUUGUGGUCAGCAUCUUCAUUGGUGAAUGUCAUACAAUUCAUCAGGGUCAUGUGUGCAAGUCUGCUUGCUCUGUGCCAUGGAAUAUGCAGAGAGGGCAAAGGCACACAUACAGGUACAGCACAAGUGUCACCACCUCCCUGAAAGGGCCUUCACCAGGAAGCAGUCAACUAGCGUUUGACUGCGUGGUCGACAUCACCGUCAUUCAAGGAUGUCCAGAUAUGGUUCUAAGGCUUAGGAAUCCCCAGAUUAAGCAAAGUUCAUUAAAAAGGGACAAUUCUAUGCUACGUCAGAAAAGCAUAAGAGAGGCACUGGAGAAGAACCCCCUGCGUUUCCUGCUUCAAGGAGGAAAGGUCACAGGCCUGUGUCCCCGGGAGGCAGAGCAGGUGUGGGCUCUCAACAUCAAGAGAGCCAUACUGAGCAUGCUCCAGACCUCCCACUCUGAACGAGCCCGAGAGACAGUGAGAGAGACUGAUGUAUAUGGUACAUGCACGAGCUCCUAUGAGCAGAAAGGACCUUCACUGGUGAAGACUCGGUAUAUACAGCAGUGCCUCAGAGAGCGAGUAAAUGAUUUUUGGUGGCAGUCAGUACCACUAAAGGAAGACACAACAGUGAAUGCUAGUCUUAAAUGCACCCAGCUUUAUGGCACAACCAUGAUGGACAAGGUGAACUGCACAGAGACUAUGACACUGGUGCCUCUGUCAGGGUCACUGGACCAGGUGCAGACCACCACGGUCUCCACUCUGACUCUACUGAGAACCCUGGAGGGAAUCAAAGUAGAUUCAGGGUUACAAGAUGAAGGAUAUUUGACUGACCUAAGGUUUAAAGUGGAAACUGAAAACCCAGCGCGAGGAGGGGCUCGUUCUGCACAGGAGGUUUCAGGGACUGUGAGGAGGCUCUGUGCUCACUCAGCCGAACAGGAACAGCAAUCGGAGCUCUUUCUGAGUUUGGUCCUCCAACUGAGAACCCUGACCCUACAGCAGCUGAAGGAUGUCUGGCAGGAGGUCUCCUUCAAGUGCCGUGAUGACUGGCAGCCCCUGGUAGAAGCUCUUCCUGCCUGUGGAUCUGAGACAUGCAUUCACUUCACAACCAGUCUCAUUCUCAACAACGAGAUUGAUCAGGAUCACAGCAUCUCCUUCCUCAGUGCCAUCACAUUUGCUCCCCAUCCCACCCUGUCCAUGAUCAGUCAUAUUCGCGCUCUUUUGAAAUUCCCUCUACUUCGUCCAAAGACUAUAUUGGCUUUAUCCUCACUGGUCCACCACAUUUGUCAAAAAGAACACAUUUCAUGUAGCGAAAUUCCUGAAGUCCAACAGUUUGUACGCAUUCUAAAGGAGAGCCUUGAACAAGGCUGUGGUGGGCAGGGAGCCCCUGGAAUCACAGAGUUGCUGCAUGUUCUGAAAGCAGUGGGAAACAUUGGUGAGGCUGUUGGAGCACUCAUACCUCAGUUGAACAUCUGUAUCCGCAACCACUCAGUGCCACUAGAACUUAGAAUAGCUGCUGUACAAGCCUUCAGACGCAUCCCCUGCCACAGUGAAAGAGGAGUCCUUGCUUGGGCAUAUGAGCACCCACAUGAAGAUGUAGAGGUCAGGAUUUCUGCUUAUCAGCAGCUCAUGCACUGUCCUGACCAGGAGGUGUUCAAAAUCAUAAGGGCCACCUUAAGAAAUGAGACAUCCACUCAAGUUGGGUCUUUUGUCUGGAGCCAUCUCUUCAAUCUUCAGAAAACAGAAGACCCCCUGAAGAAAGAUUUAAUGGAGUCACUGCCACAUGACAUUAUCAGUAAAGACUUUGAAGCUGAACCAUGGAAGUAUUCUUCACAUAUGGAUUUUACAAUGGACACAGGAGUGGCUGUCGCCAAUGUUGAAGGAGCCUUGGUUUUCUCCCACAUGUCCUUAUUGCCUCGUUCUGCUAUGGCUAACAUGACAGUUCACAUCUUGGGCAGAUCAUUUAACCUUUUUGAGGUCUCUCUUAGGAUGGAAAAUGCAGAACAUUUUCUCUGGAGCACAUUUGAAGGUCCUGACGCGCAUGAUAAAAAGUCUGCUCAUAACACAAAAUCAGCACCACGUAGGGAAAAAAGGAAGAAGAGAAGUGAGGAGAGGUGGUCGGACCCACAAGGAAGACGGGAUGAGAAUGCAAACUGUCACAUCCCGAGUCCCCCGAACACUAAGUCCACAGGACAUAGGGAGAGGCACAGUGAUUUCCAGUGUUGGAUUAAUGUGAAGAUGUUUGGCAGAGAUCUUACCUUCAUGACCUGCAAUGAACUCAUUGGCCAAAUGCGAGACGUAUCACUUAGCUUAGCAGGUUUCACUGUAAAGCUGUUAAAGGGUCAGGAGGUUAAAGUAAAUUACAGGGCAAUUGCACUUGCAGAAGAAUUGGUUUUACCAUCACUUUCUGGGGUACCCAUCAAGCUGAGCAUCAACAUUUCCUCUUCCUGCUCUCUUGGAGUGAAGGGUACUGCUAACUUUAAAGACUGGUCUCAGUUCUCACUGGCUGGCUAUAUAAAACCAAAUGCAUUUAUUGCCAUCUCAGCCAGAAUUGGCGUGGAUGGAGCACUUGGUCGAUCUGGGCUGGAGUGGGUCACCUGGGUCAGAACUUCCACCAGCAUGGAUGGAGGUGCAUAUGUGCACAAUGGUCAAAGUCUAAAAAUGGUCCUCAACAUGCCAGAAGAUGUCAUGGAUAUUAUGUCCUUUAGCUCUAGAAUGUAUCAUGUGAGUGGAGAGAGUAGAGAGGAGCUCACUGUCUCGAGGACCCUCAAAGAGAAGACAACCUGUACUCCCAAAACAUGGUCCAAGAUGCUUGGAUGUCAGCUGUGCUCUGAUGUCAUCUAUCCCGUGUCACUGAUAGGAAGAGGUUUUCCGCCUCCUGGCCCUGUGCUGUUUACUCUGAGAUUUCAAAAACUGGACAAAGGCCUUCAAAAGUACAUAUUAGAGGCAGCUUAUGCUUUUGUUCCGCAAAGGAACUCAUGGCUGCCACUGGAAACUAAUCUUCUUAUUUUUUUUGGCACACCACAAUCCACUAUCCCACGAGAUGUAUCUUUGGACUUCAGUGUCAGUCCUCAGAGACUGAAUCUGAAAAUUACGCACCCUCUAAAAACUAUCCUCAUCCAAGGGCAGAUCAAUGAACUGAAUGGUCUGUGUACAGGAAGAGCUGAGUUACGUAUAGAUGACAGCUACUAUUACCUCAAGGGAUUGAAGGAGACAAUCAGUCUUCAAUCAGAAAAGCGAACACACUACGAACUGGAGGCCAAAAUCACAGCAAACGGGCAUCCAGUUGUAUUAUCUGUCAAUGUCACACAUGGACUAAGCAGAAAGAUCAGUGUAUCUGCUAAGCUACGGAAUGUCUUCAUUAAAGAUGCUUCCUUUUCAGUGCAGCUGGGCCGGAGACAGGAUGAUGGCCAGAGGCAGUACUCCAUGGAUGCAGUGAUCCUGUUGCCUAACAUACUUUCCAUGAGGACCCUUGGAAUGCUUGGGCACAGAGGACCAGACUGGAGCUUUGGCUUGAGGGUCAGAUAUGGUGUGUCAGAGGACUCACAAAAUAAGGGAGAGUGUCACAUAUCUCAGAACCUAAGAGACGAGGUCGGGCUAGAUGAGAAACAUUACAGCAUGCAAGCAGAGCAUGAGCUUGUGUGCUCCCACAUCACCUCCAUAAACCACAAGAUACAGCUCAGACAUGAAAGGAGUCCAAUUCAUAUCCAGUCUUCACUUGAUCUGAGCUAUGGCAAACACUGGAACCAGGCUAGCAACAAAGAAAGAGUCCUUCUGAGUCAAUCAAUAAGGAACCAGUCUGGACCAAGUCUCACCAGUUAUGCUCUUGAGUUCAGCCUACGAAUACCAGAACAAAGAUUGAACUAUAGGAUUCAGCUCUUACAUUCCCACCAGAAAAGAAGGAAAUCAGAGAGCAGCACCCACCUUAAGGUCAAUUAUAAUGACCAGAUUCCCUUGGUGGCUGGGCUUCAUUGGAAAGACAUGUCUACAAAAGCCUCAUUACGGAAAUGGGAAGGAUCCUUCAACAUGGAUACACCUUGGCUGUAUGUCCACAUGGCACCUAAACUAACGCAACCCCAAUAUGGCACAACUCACUUUACUUCUGAGAUUACCACUCGCAAGUGGAUAACCAUUCACAACUUAAUGAUGGAGGGUCUCUACAGAGAGAGAAACAGAGAUGUGGAGUGGCAGUUACACUUUUUCACACCUACUGUUACCUAUCUUAAGGUUGGUGGCGGGGGCAUGCUGGGGAAACACAGUGUUAAUGCUUCUUGCUGCAUUAGCACAGCCUGGACGCCAGCCUUGAGAGGGGAGAUUUUGCUGGGUGAUGGAAAACAGCUGAAGACCCUGGAUGUGAAUACAAGAUAUGGCAAGCAGACCCUAAACAUCUCUGCAAGUCUCAACACUCUGGACAAGAAAUUAAAGAAGAAACUGGUAGUUAUGAGUAUGACUCUCUCAGAACUAAACAGUCCAUAUCUAGAACUGGAGAUAAGGGGCAGAGUGGAAGAAAUGAGGAAGGACAAGUAUUUGUAUCAAAAAAGAUGGGUGCUACACUUCAGGCAGCCAUUUAGGUUCCUCCCCCAAAGCCUGCUCCUCCAGGAAACCUUCACUAUUGAUCUGCAUAAAGGACUCUACAUUCUUGAGUCCAAAACACUGCUUCAUGACAACAGAAAAGCCAUUCACAUACUGACCCUGGGAUCUCGAUCCCAUCAUCCACAUGUGUGUUCCUCCCUGAUUCAUUCCUUUAACUUGGAGCAUAUCCCACGAGAUUCAGAGAUUUGCAUCAGUAUACUGAACAACCAGACUGUAUGGGAGCUGCAAGGGAGGAUAUGGGCUGCUAAGAAGGAGAGGCUGGUAGUUCUCGGUCAGCUCCAACUUCCUAGUGAAGCUUCUCAGCAAAGCAUUGUGGUCAAAUUCAACCUCACUCAGCUACUGCAGCUAAACAUUCCUUCCUCCAUAACCCUAUAUGCCAAUAUGUUGAAAAAUCACUGGAAAAGUAUGGAAUCAGAAUACUCUGGAAAGGGAAACGUGGCCAUCGAUGAUACGGACUAUGAUGCUUAUUUAGCAGUCAAGAGGUCUCCUGAUGGAAAAAUCAGCAAUUCCAUAUAUAUAGGGUCUGAUGGCAAGUUGUGUGCUGUGCUAGAUGUCUCUCUAGCUAACACGAUACAAACAGGUGUUCAUGCAGUCGUCUUCGACCUAAGCUUUCAGCAGACUCUACUUCCAGUGCUAACAACAGAUGGCCACAUUAAUCUCAGAGCAAAUUCUUCCUCAAAAAGUUUCUCGGGCAUGUGUGUACUGCAGAAGAGAGAGGAGUUGUUCCGAGCUGAGCUGAGCGUUGCAGUCGUGCGUGACCCUGAGCUCCAGCUGUCUCUCUCUGGGGACCUGAUCAUCUCACUGCCUGGUUUCCCCCUGCUGCCACAUGUCUCCAGCCUAAUUGGUUUUUUCAAUAACUCGAAGGCUCUCACUAAGGGGGAGCUGACAGUAAUGGUGGAUGAGGCUGCGUAUGGAGUGGAGCUGACACAUGGGCAUGGAGACGCCGGGUUUGGGGGGAUGAAUGGUGGGGAAAUGACCUGGCUUUGUGCACUGGCUCAGGGGCACUGGCUGUGCAUCAACAUCAGCAGAAGCUCUGGACAGGACAUACACAACGGCCUCCAAGCCCAGGUCUCCCACUCCGUCCCCUGGCUACUAUCUGCAGGGUUCCCUGCUGUCACCGCCGCGGGGGCGCAUGUGAACCGGAGCGGGAGCAACCUCUUCGCAAUAGCACACCUCCACGCUGGGGCCCAGGAGCUGAAGAUCACAGUGCAGAGAGGAGGGCAUUCCACAGGAGCUACAAAUCACCUCCUGGUGAACUGCACAGGGGGAAUCAGCCCUGGCCACCUCUCAGGUUUCUGCUACACAGAGGCACUGGACCAGUCACUGCGGAUGGAUAUAUGGCUCAAUCUGGCAGAAUCCGUUCGUGUUGCAUCAGAGAACUCAGAUGUGUCAUCGUUGUCACUUGAGAUCCAGGGACAUCAUCUUUCUUCCAGCGUUGGGCUAAUGGUGAACAUUAACCACAACAUCUCUUCCAUACAACCAUUUGUGCCAUGUGUGCUUCAAGCUAAAUCACAGCUGAACCACUCAACCUCGUUGAUUAAGGGGGCAGCAGAGCUACUGACAGGCAAGAGCAUGAUGUGUUUUGAAGGACAGGUGUCCCACACAAAGACGGGGUUCAAACAGACAUUAGAGCUUUAUCAUUCUUUGCCACAGUUGAAGUUGGUUCCCAGCACUGUUCUAGUAAGGACGGUGUAUGCAAGACAGAAUGGAUCAUAUACUCUAGCACACCACACAGAGUGGGUGGAUUCUGACACAACUGGACCUGCAGGCUUACAACCCCACAAAUCACAUGUUAUAGACGAGUCUGGCUCCCAGUCUGGGGCCCAUGGGUGGGGGCUGGAGGUGAGGCUUGAGAGAGAAGCACUGAGCAAGCGUGGAGAUGUGCUUGUUGACUGGACUCUGGGUGGAGAACGAGAACAGAUGAGAGCUACAGGAUCCUGGAGGUCUACAGACAGAGGGGUCGAGGCUGUGCUGGAGCUUGAGCAGCCCUUCACGCCCAUGCUAUCCCACUUGCACCUGCACACGCAAUCACACAGCCCGUUAUAUGGCAGCAGCAAUCAGGUCCAGCUCUGCUGGGACCAUGGGACACCUGUGAAUGUAUCUUUGACACUGAGAAAGCACUGGUAUGGUGACUCCAGCAGUGGGCAGGCCUGUAUCUUCAUGUCACCUGGACAGAUGCGAUCAGUUCUCCCUCUAGUGGACGCUCAAGGCUGCAUCUUGGUAGCACAGGAAGGGAAAGCCUCCUACUCGCAAAGAGCUGAGCUGAAGUGGAGUGACAAGAGCAUCACACAGAGCAUGAAGUAUGAGAGAGGGGCCAAAGGAAUGCACACUGUCCAGGUGGAGGCAGGGGUCCAGAAUGUGUCUCCCAGACCCUGCCCUUCUCACACUCUUCGGGCUAAGAUGCACACGAACCUCAGAGACAUCAUAGAGCACCAUAUCCUCUUGGGGCUCUGUCCUCCACAGCCAGCUCUGUCUUGGUCUGGCUCUCACCGUGUGAACUCAGGCAAAGUCAUGCUGCACAGCCAGACCGUCCUGUCAGUGGUGGGCCAGGCCCCACUCAGCGCCUUCACACUGGCCCUCAGGAAUUCUAGCAGCAGCCAGCGCGGGAACUACUCCCUGCUUGCUCAGUGGAAGGUGGGGAACUGGAGUGCUGAGCUCAGUACCAGUGUACACUCCUCAGAAAGGACCACAGGCCUGCAGCUUCAGGCCGGACUGGACCACGGCGAGCUCCUCUGGCUGCAGGCUAGACGGGGAAAGCGUUGUUUACAAGCUGCUGCAGGAUAUGUUGGUGACUCGUCUGAUGACCUCAGAACAGCUCUCUGCUUGGAGGAACGUCACUGGCUCACCCUGGAGGUCCAAAGGGGAGGACGCAGCAUUGAGAAUGAGGCUCUUGCCCUCAUCUCCAUGGGAAUAGCCAAUCGCAGCCUUAUCUUUCAAGCCAAGGGGUGCGAAGAGUGCUUAUUAGCGACAGAGGCCCGCCUUCAGCAGCUGCGGACCCACAUAAGGAGGAAAUUACUGGAGAGAGUUCAGAAAGUACACCAUCUUCUGCUGGACGUCAAGAGACAGGCUGGAGGUAGCGGAGCCUUGCAGGAGCUAUGCGACGGGCCCCUGAGACUCGCCCGCAGGGCUGAGCACCUGCUACUGCGGCCAGCACCUCUUCCCUGGGAGCACAGGCCCCUCGGCCAUGUGCUCUCGCAUGGCCUGCCCAAGUUUCUCCAGUGGCUGCACGACAUGAGCCAGUUGGUCCAACAGGAGCUCAGGAAGCCACUGACCACACUGGCUGGAGCUUACCAUGAUGUAACUGGAGAACGUCUGGACACCCUAUGGCACCAGGGACUACAGAUUUGGAGCAGAGAGCUGGCCCAGCUGCUACCUGAAGUUCUGCAUUAUCAACACCUGAGAGCGCCAGCGCUAACUGCUCUCCAGACCACGAUUGCUGCACUGGACUUGGUUGGCCAGCAGACAGUUCACUGGGCUGAGGCCAGGUUUGCAGCAAUGUUAGUGGGAGUCAGGAGGCAGUUAGCACUUAUGUACAAGUUCUCCAGAAGGGAUGAGGAAGUAAGGGUGAAGAUUCCCCUGCCGCGGAACCCAUGGCCGAAGGGGUCGGGGGCAAAUGUGGUGGAGGUGCUGCUGGAGGAGUUUCUCCUGAAGCCUCUCUUGGCCUUGAACUCUGCAAGCCUCACGGCUGACCUCUACAGGCUCAAGAGGAGACUGAUGGAUAGCCCCUUUAAUCAUCAAGCAUUUCUGGUGGCAGAUGAAUUUGCGGUGUCCUUUGAUGGACAUCUGUUUGCAGUACCAGCAUUUUGCAAUCUUAUUUUAGCAUCUGAUGUCACCAAGAACACCUUCAGCAUAAUGCUACAAUCGAAUGGGCCAAAACAGCGCUCCUUAGUGGUGCAGCUAAAAAACACCACUGUUAAGAUCCAUCCUAACGCACAAGUGGAGGCCAAUUGUCAUGGUGUGCACACACCCUUCACCAACCAUGACGUCACUAUAAUGAGGGAGAUGAAUCUCCUUAUAGUGUCCAAUAGAAAGGGAUUAUUGGUGUCAUGUGACCCCUAUGUGCGCGUGUGCCGUAUAACUCUAGAGGGCUGGCUGCAUGGGCUGUCCAGUGGACUGCUGGGCACCAAUGACAAUGAAGCAGGUAACGAGCGACCUUUGCCAGAUGGCUCCCAGGCGCCCAGCAUGACCGAGUUCAUGCUUGCCUGGCAGCUAGGAAGCCCACAGACGGGUUCCAGCUGCAUCCGUGCCAGGGGCGGGGCUUGCCAGACGCGUAGCAUGGAGGAGCCAUCCUGUGCGCUCCUCUUCUCCUCCACCAGUUCUCCCCUCAGUGCCUGCUUCAGAGUGGUGGACCCAGAGCAGUUCCUAGCAGUGUGUGAAAGCAGCGUCUGUGGCAGUGUAGAUGUUUCCAGCAGUGCUCCAUGCAGGCUUUCUUCAGCGUACAUUCAGUUGUGCCUGAGGAACUAUGUUCCCCUGGAGAUGCCUAUACAGUGUGUGUAAGGAUGAUGCCAAGAGGUUCCUUCUUACCUCAGUAGAAAAAAAGCCCAUACUGUUUUUUGCUUGUUGCCAAUUUGUCUGAUUUGUGAAACUCUGUAGUUCUGUUUUUCUUCGAUUUUGUUUCAAACUUGUAUCUGAUUGCAGUACAAAGUAAUAAUGAGUUUUUAAAUGCUUUGCUUUCUUGUCUUUUCAGUUUACUGUUAUUUAAAACAUAUUUCAAGAUUUGAUCAUUGUUGGCUACAAAAUCUUUUUUGGGGGGCUAACAUGGAGAAGUCUCAGAACAAGAGAAAUGUACAAUAAACAAAUGAAUGUGAAUAUCAUUUUAACCUUGACCAAGAGCACAUUAAAUCAUUUCCCUAUUUUCCUAUGUCUAAAUAAAUGUGCUUUUCCCUACAUGGCCUACAUCUAGUAAAAACUCAUGGGUUGUAAAAUAUGAAAUUCAGAGAAUAAGACUUAUGGCUAAGAUUAAUGUUCAGUAACCUUGUGUAUGUUGGAGACAAGAUCCCAAAACUAAACCUGUUAGAUUCUUGCUAACACUUAAAAAGCAUGCACGCUGAAACAAAAAAUUAUAUCUUAGCAAAGGAACAUGUUUUCUAGGCAAUAAAUUUAUUGUGAAAAAUGUUUUGCAGGCAAUAAAUCUAAUCUUGUCUUAAUCACA